UAAAUACUAUAAACUUUUUUAAGUAUUUUUAGUAUAUAUUUUAUUAUACUUAACCUUGACAGUGUUGUAUUUUUCGUUAGCGAGUGCAGUAUGGAUAGAUUUAUUACUAGGACCUCGACACUGAUUGAAAGCUCACCAUCAACUUCUGGAACGUCAAAACAGAGUAAAGACUCACCAUCAACUUCCGGGACUUUAAAAAUGAGUGGGAAUUCACCAUCAACUGCUCGGCCGUCAAAACAGAGUAAAGAUUUGAAUGUGAAACAGUAUGACUGGGUUCGCAACCCAUUUACAUCAUUGGUGCAAACAGAUGACUGUGAAUUACAACAGGAAGCUGUGGAACUAAAAAACGACCGUACGCUGCAACUAAAAUUUAAAGAAAUGUCGCUCAACAGCUUUUGGGGAGACGUAGUGUUGAGUGAUCGUGGAUGA